AUGUUGCAGGAGCUAGAUAUAUCAGAAUGUGAAGAAUUAGUUUACAUUGUUGAAGAAGAUUAUGAAACAAAUGAUGAUGAUCAUCAUUUGUGCCAUGAACCAUGCUUUCCCUGCUUAGAACAAGUCUCUGUCAAUGAUUGUGACAAAUUGAGGCACCUGUUCUCUAUCACUAUUUCUGGUAUCCUUCCAAAACUAAGCUCUUUGAAGAUAAGUAGAGCCAAUGGACUUGAGCAUGUACUGGUAAGACAAGGAGAGAUGAAAGAGAUGGUCAUGAAGGAUGUGCUUCCACAACUAAGUCAAUUGGAGCUUAUAGAUCUUCCCAACCUUACUAGUCUCUGCCAUGGGAUUGAUUUUCAAGCUUUGAAAGGAGACGAUAAUAUGAAAGUAGAUGGUUGUCCCAAGUUUUCCUUUUAUGAAAUUUCAACGACCCAGCUUCAAGUAGGCCCUGAAACAGCAUAUUCUCAAGUUGAAAAAAAAGUAGAGGAGACACUUCCUUCUCAUCUCUGUACCAAACAAUCUUUAAAUACAGGAGAAGCAACACAACAACCCCUCAUGGAGAAGGUGCCACUUCGUACAAGUCCCAAUCUCCCCGUUCUUCCUACAAGAGACAACACUCAUGCAAGUGCCAAAAGUUUUGAAGAGAAAGAAGAAGAAGGAAAAGGAAGUGAUGACCGAAAUGACAUUCAAACUACUAACCAACAAACUCCUAAUGUUUUAGAUGAUGUUCAACUUUCUGACAAAUCCCUUGGACAUGCCAUUGUCUCAAGUGGAAGUGGUAAUCUGAGAGUUGAUCCAGGGGGCUUGAUGACUACCCAGGGUCAUCAAAGUGACAUAAGAACAAAGAGCUCUUUCCUAAAAGAGAACCCUAAGACUUCCAUUCAUGGAGACCCGUUUGUGCCGUGCACAGCAACUAUUUCAAGUAAGCAAACUUCUAAGGCGAUCUUGCCACCAAGUCCUAAAUCUUCGAAAGCUUCACUCUGCAAGUCUACAGAUGGUGAUAUUCAAGUUUCUGAUAAGUCUCAUGCCACUGUCAUUGGUAAUGCUGUACCCAUUCCACAGCCAACUACUCUUUACAAGGACGUUAGUGGCAAGGAAAUCAAUGAGACAAAUGUAAUUCAAGAUGAAUCCAAGGAAAAUAUGGCGUCCCAUGAUGGUCGACCAGAUUCAAUUGAGCAUGUAACUGCUGAUCCAAGCAACCUUAGGCAGAUGGAACAAGAGCCGUCAUGUUCUAGAGGCCAAAUGGAGCAUCCUGACGUGACAAAGUCAUCAGAUAUUAAUACAAAGCAUGCACAAUCUUCGUUGCUUCCAUUUUCCACUCCAUCAAAGUUGGCACCUUCUGUUACUGAGACUGAUCGGGCUUUGAAUGUUGGUGGGGUGCAAGAGAUAGUUGAGAUGAUGAAAUUAGAGGGUUCUGAGGCUUCUUUAUUGGCAGAGGCACUCAUGACUCAUCCACAACUACGUCUGUCUCCAAAUGAUCGAAGCACCCAAAUGCUAUGCAUAUCCUAUAGGGUUUUGAUCGAUAUACUCCAUAUUCUAACCACCAGAACACCCUUCACAAUCACUGAGGCAGACAAGAGGUUGUUGGAAGAGAAAUUAAAGGAUGCUUGUUUUGUUGGUUUUGACAAGGACUGGCUUGAAUCUAUUAAGACUAAGGUUUUUAAUACUGAUGUAACUGAAGUUGAUGGCAUUCAAGAAAUUCUAAAGGGUUUGGAUAGUGAUCUCAAAACCAACGAGGCAUUGCUUGCGGCUACUCGAGAUCAAGAAGUUGAGGCAGCACGAGUGGUGGAAUUGGCUCAAAAGGACUUGGAUGCUGCAUUGCAAGAGCAUGCAAAUGUGAUGGCAAAUCAUACUAAACUUUUGAAGGCUCGCCAAGACAUUCUAGCAAGGCAAAACCAAUGUUGGGAAAUGAUUGCUUCUAAAAAUAAACAUUUUGGAUUUUAG